AUGGCACCUUCAACUCCAGAAGCCGAUGCCCACCAAAAGCUCAUCGACCAACUCGACAUCCAUUCCACCCCUAGACCCUUCCGCAACACCCACUGGAAACCCAACCAACGCCGCAAUAAAAACAUUAAAACCAUUCUCGGCGACGCCGUCCGCAAAGAAGCCUCCGCCAUAGCCACCCAAGACAACAGCGGAGCAGCAACCCCCUUCCAAGACGAUACGAGCACCUCUACGGACGGCGAUAUGACACCGGCGGCAUCUACAACCAGCUCUACACUCCAGCCCAACCUCGCACAAGCAUCACGGAAUCUUUCAAAGCUGGUUCUGGAGAGGAAUAUGAGAUCAAAUGGCUUCUCGACCGCGCCUAGCGCUACGUAUACGAAUAUUGAAUCUGCGCCUUCGUUGGCGCAUACUAAGCAUUAUUGUGAUAUCACUGGGUUGGGAGCACCGUAUACGGAUCCGAAGACUAGAUUGAGGUAUCAUAAUAAGGAGAUCUUUGGGGUUAUUAGGUCUUUGGGACAGGGAGUUGCGGAGCAGUACUUGGAGGCGAGGGGAGCUCAUACGGUGCUGAAGUGA